AUGAGACUAAAUGUUGCUGUUUUCUUUGGGGCUCUCUUUGGAGCUUUGGGCGUUUUGUUGUUUCUGGUAGCCUUCGGAUCCGAUUAUUGGCUUCUCGCGACUGAAGUGGGCAGGUGUUCAGGUGAACAGAAUAUAGAGAACAUCACUUUUCACCAUGAAGGCUUUUUCUGGAGGUGCUGGUUCAGCGGUGUUGUGGAGGAGAACGACUCUAAUGUCUGGAAGUUCUGGUACACCAAUCAGCCACCAUCCAAGAACUGCACACAUGCUUACUUGUCCCCGUACCCCUUUAUGAGGGGUGAGCACAACUCCACGUCCUACGAUUCUGCCAUUAUUUACCGUGGCUUCUGGGCCGUCCUGCUGCUGCUGGGUGUGGUGGCCGCCUUGACUGCAAGCUUCCUGAUCAUCUGUGCAGCUCCCUUUUCCAGCCACUUGCUUUAUAAAGCUGGAGGAGGUUCAUACAUCGCCUCAGGUGUCCUGUUUUCCCUGGUGGUGAUACUGUAUGUCAUCUGGGUCCAGGCAGUGGCUGACAUGGAAAGCUACAGAGCCUUGAAACUGAGAGACUGCUGGGAGUUCACCCCUUCCAUUCUGUACGGCUGGUCGUUUUUCCUGGCGCCCGCUGGUGUCUUCUUCUCUCUGCUCGCUGGGCUGCUCUUUCUAGUGGUUGGACGCCAUAUCCAGAUACAUCACUAA